AUGCAAAAGAAAAAGAAUGCGGACAGGAAUCCGAGGGAAUACGUCGGGAUAUCUGGAGGAGUGAAGACGAAGAUGAAUCAAGCAGGAUGGAGGAAUUGGAGCUGGAUGACGGAGAGGGUGUGGUGGUCGAAGUGGAAGCGGAAGUCAGCUUUCAAAAUUUUGGGCUCAGCAUUGGCAAAGCUCCAGCAAGGGUGCGGGCGGCAGCGGUGGUUGACGGAGAGUUGGAACGGGCUCAAAGUUGCAGUUGGGAGCAUGCAGCUGGGCGAGGGGACAUGGAGGGGACAUGGACAUCUGGUGGAGGCUGGCAUGGUUUGCAGGAGGCGAGGGCCUGCUGCAAGUCCCGCAGUGAACCAGACCGGUUUGCGCCUGAAAGCCUCUGGCUACGACACCAUCCCAGCGCUCUCUCCGCUGCACCACCCUACAACUUCGUCCAACUUCAGCAGCGGGGAGAUUCAACGUCAGCCUUUCCCCCUGGAUGAAGUCACUGCCCAAUUGCGUGCAGCCCGGACGGGCGGUCAAGGACCCCCGUUGUCUCUGAGACGGUCAAAACCCUGCCAACAGAAGCGGUGGGCUACCCUGAUUUUGGCGGGCAACGAAGAGGGAUGGCCGGCACCAAAAAAAGCAUUGGGGUGA